AUGACCCUUCAUCAUCAUCGACGAAGCGAACCAAAAAAAUAUUUUCACACUGAAAGGGCAAAAAAAUCCACUCUUCAACAAGGGGGGUAUGUCAAAUCACAAGUACAGAUAAUAUCAACAAGUAACAACCAAUUAUCAGUCAAAGAAACCGCGCCUGCUAGACGACUCUCUUCAGACUACAGUGUUCUGAAGGAAUCGUUACCUGAGAAGCAAAAAUUGAAAUUGCCGCCUGUUCCAAAGCCUUCCAAAUCUUCUCCUAUUGUUAUGGCCCCAAAAGCAUUUACAGCUGUAGCAAAAAAUAAUACAGCCAACGCUGCAGAUUAUAAAAAGUCUUCUUCCGACUAUACAAGCUUGGAAUAUACGAACAGAAAAACUUCCUUAAAAAAGAUGGGUGCUUGUGCUAUCAAAGUGGAGUGUGAUGAUGGGUCCAUAGCUAUUUAUGCACUGGGAAGAAGUAUCGGAAAAGGUCAAUUUGGCGAAGUAUUUGGUGGGUUAAACAUGGAUACUGGAGAAUAUGUAGCUAUUAAAAGAAUUAAAAGAAAUCAAAUGGACUGUGAUGAUAUGAAUGAAGUAGGUGUACUGAAACAUUUAAAUAACGAGCACAUUGUACGUUAUGUUGGCUUUUCCAAGGAUAAAGAAUAUUUAAAUAUUAUUUUAGAAUAUGUCGAAAUGGGAUCUCUUCAUAACAAUAUUAAGGCGUUUGGAAAAUUCCCAGAAAAAUUAGCGGCAUCAUAUACAUUUAAAAUUCUGUCCGGCCUUCAUUAUCUUCAUUCAAAGGAUGUAAUUCAUUGCGACCUGAAAGCAGCCAAUAUUUUAACGACCAAGACUGGAAGUUUAAAAUUGACCGAUUUUGGUGUUUCUCUUAGUUUAAAAAUGAAGGAUGAUGAAAACACUGGUGAACCAGCUGGAACGCCUAAUUGGAUGGCACCUGAAGUGAUAAAAUUUGCUGGUGCAUCAGCAAAAUCAGAUAUUUGGUCAUUGGGCUGCACCAUUGUUGAAAUGCUAACAGGAAAACCACCAUAUGCCGGUAUGCCAUCGUUUACCGCUUUGUAUAGAAUAGUAGAAGAUGAUGAACCACCAAUUCCUAAAAACAUCAUUUUAUCAGAGGACGGUAGAGAAUUUUUAUUGGCUUGUUUUAAAAAAAAUCCUCAAGAUAGGCCUACCGCUUAUGACCUCAUGCAAUCGAAAUGGAUGGCACCAUACUUUAAACCAUCACCAGCUUUUAAUGUGAUAAAGAGUAAGAGUGAAACAUUACUGGAGCCAUCCGACAGAGAAACGCUAUCAGAUGCACAGAAUUACGAAAUGACACAUGAAUUUGUAGACUAUCAAACUAACCAGGUUGGGGAAAAAUGCUAUGGUUGCAAAAUUCAGAUGAAAAAAAUUUGGAUCAAAAAUUGUCAGGGUAAAUAA